GCGUGAACGCCCCCCGGGGAAAAUGGCCUUUUGUCGUGUUACGGCCCCCGGCCCGAGCAGUUGUGCAGUGUGUUCCGAGUGUGCGUGUUGUCGUCCACCUGCUGAUUCUUUGAUCCGUCCUCUCACUCUCGGCGAGGUAUACUGAGGCUUUGACGCACCGCACGGUCCAUCCAUCAAUCCAUCGCCAUGGAUCCGGAAGCGUUCCUGGACAUCGCCAACCAGGUGAUCAAGCUGAAGAUGUUCCCGUACUUUGACAUCGCGCACAGCCUGCUGUGCGCGUUGUCGGUCAAGGAAGAUCUCGGUGCCGGUGCGCACGCGUUCUCGCGCAAACACCCGCUCGCCUGCUGGCUGUCGACGAUGCUGGUCGUGUUUGCGGGCGGCAUGGUCGCUAACGGGCUGCUCGGUGAGCCGAUUUUGGCGCCGCUCAAGAACACGCCACAGCUGCUGGUGGCAACCGCCUGCUGGUACAUCGUGUUCUACACUCCCUUCGACAUCGGCUACAAGGUGGCCAAAUUUCUGCCCAUCAAGCUGGUCGCGAGCGCAAUGAAGGAGAUCUACCGGGCAAAGAAGAUACACGACGGUGUCACGCACGCAGCAAAACUCUACCCGAACGCCUUCAUCAUUAUGAUCAUCAUCGGCACGCUCAAGGGCAAUGGCGCCGGAUUCACGAAGCUGAUCGAGCGGCUGAUUCGUGGCGUCUGGACACCGACGGCCAUGGAGUUCCUGCAGCCAAGCUUCUACACCAAGGCGUCGCUGAUCGCUUCGAUCAUCUUCGUGCUGGACAAGAAGACGGACCUGAUCUCGGCCCCGCACGCUCUGGUCUACUUUGGCAUCGUCAUCUUCCUCGUCUACUUCAAGCUUUCCUCGAUCUUGCUCGGCAUUCACGAUCCGUUCGUGCCGUUCGAGAACCUGAGCUGCGCGCUGCUGUUCGGUGGUAUCUGGGAUAGCCUGGCCAAGAUCCUUGGUCGCGGCCAAGCCAAGGAGGAAUCGAAGGAUGCGAAAAAGUCGAACUAAGCCGCUGAACACGGCGCAAGCAGCGAACAACGUGCGAGUAGCCGCCGCUGCGCUCGGGCACACUGGCAGCAUGGCAGCUGCGGAUCGACCCCAAAUCUUUAUUAUUAUUUUUUUUUUCGUUAUUAUUCUAUUUAUUAAGUUCCUUAUAAUUCUGUUACGAUUACGUUAUUUAUUUUGAUACGAGACAACCUCUUUGUCCACCUCGAUGUUUUCAAACCAACCGCAAAAGAAAACAAGUUACAGAUCAGAGCGAACCCGUAGACCGGUGAUACUGAAUGCGGUACGGCAACGGCACCCGCUGUCAGUGCACUGUGCCAUAAAGCGGUCAAGAAACGGUAGAAGAAACGAUGGCAAAAAGCACCCCCGGAAUACACGUGGGUGAGAUUCCGGUGGUCCUUUUUUCUUUUUGCUUUUCUCGGUGUUUAUUAUUUUCGUUCCUUAGCUACCUACCGACACGACAGCCGACAGAACGAACGAACGUCUGUUCAAACUUUAUCAAACUGCGCGCAUCAAAGAGGGAUCAUAGACUAGGACCGUGGGCAGUCUCGGCUUACUGCCGGGACCGUAGCUACAGGUCGGAAUGGAAUUUGGCGGUAGGACGUGUAGGAGGAACUAUUUUCCAGCCAUUUCUUUUAAAAGCUUAGCCAAAACUGUCAUCAACGAUCUCAAGACGGGUUGCCAAUGGGCAAGCCACUACAGGCCUAAAGCAACGAAAACGAAAAUACACGGAAGCCAAUAAAUACUAUGUGAUUCGAGAGAGGAAGAAAAUACAUACUACUGGAACUGGUGCAAAAUGUGUUAUUGUUCUGUUUUUAGGCUUCCAUUUGUUUCAGUCGUCUUUGUUUUACAAUUAGCUUUAUUACGCUUUACGCUUACGUUGUAACGCUUCCAUUGAGUCUACCCUUCGCUCAGCGCCCCGUCGACAAUGGGACAGCGGGCAUGCUGGUUUUUACAUAGUGUAUUUCCCAUUGGAUUACUUAAAUCGAUAAUCAUUGGUAAAGAACGUAAUCAGAGUAGGGCGUAAGUUUCUAUUGCACACGCAUAAAUAGGCUGGACAAAACACGAAACGAUUUCGCAAACGACUCUUUUUCCUAAUUUUGCUUAAUUUUUGCUCUCUUUGUUCCAAUAAAAUCAUACCUUUGCUACGGAUACACAAUAAAAUGAGGAUUAAGAACACUAUUCCUUUCCAUAUCCUACCAAUUCGCUUAUUAAAAGAAAAAUCAUUUGCAUCGGUUGCCUCUAACUAAUACGAAUACCAUUUGCUUUUCUCAGCCACUGGUCUAGCACCAAGUGAACCCCUAGCCACAUCGAUAGCUAUGCCAAUUCGUAAUUGCACUCUCGAACAAUUUCACGAGUACAUCAUUUGGGCAACAUUUUUCCUUGCCUGCGAACCCUACUUUAAAUAAAGCACCUCCCGCCAAACAACAACUAGCGAUCUCUGAAAAAUAGCGAGCAGAUCUUAGUCGCUUUCUCGCUGGCUUUCAAAAGCAUCACGCAACAUUGGUUAUGUAGUUUUUGUUUUUGUUUCUAUAUGCAAGGUCAAACGAACAGCAUUGAUUGCAGGUUGCCUCUUAAAAAUAACAAUGAAAUUAUUAGUGACUACCGCCCUCUGCGUUGCAAUGGAAAUCGUACUGGUACCCUGGCGUGGCUUUAAAACUGAGCCGUACGAUCGAGAUUUCUCAAUCAACGGCAUUCUACAACCAUGAUAAGCGCCUAAAAGUGUAAACGGAAGUUAAUUGGCGUAAAGCAAACGUAUUAAAAUGAUCCAAUAGAUCGAAAUGAAUCGGAUUGAAGCGUUGAUCGCUUGAAAUGUGUGUAGAUAACGUAAUGAAAUAUAGAUAUAUGUAUAAUAUGCGUGUUGGUUCUGGUGCGGCGCCUGACACGAUUAGAAAAUAUAGGCGAUUAUUUAGACCACAUAGGUGGUGCCAUAUGAUCGUAAAUAAACAACAAAAAAAACCUUUCAAUCGCAUCGAGGCAAACACCUUACGGGAAUAAACACGGGUAGUGUGCCCGCUUGCUGUAGGAAAGAAGAAUGAUGAGCGCUCCACUCUUCCCUAAAACCAGCAGCAGGCAAUAUUUGCCAAUUUUCCCCCUUUUCACCAGUUAAUGUCUUUCACCGAAACUCAUGUGCCGCUUGAGGGUGGGUUCGCGGAGAGAGGUGGGUUUGCCAGGCUAGGCUGUGGAACGUUUGUUGGAUAGUUGAGUUACUCUUCUGCACGUCCCCCGCAAUGCAUUCGCUCGGCUGGGC